ACCUGAAGCAGGAAGUAGAGGAAUAAAGGUGUUACAUUGAAACACGUCAUAAAACACAAGAUCAGUGCUUUCUAGCACACAUACACGCGCAUUGUAGAUCACCGGACUCAUCACUAGGAGAAUAUGGUGAUGCCUGAGCUCCAUGGAUAGUGGAAACCAAUUUAAAGCCAUUUCCAACAUUUUUUUGUAAAAUACCUUACUCAGAAGCAAGAAGAACAUGUCAGUGCAGCAUAUGGACGACACAGCAGCUCCUACACUGAAAAAAACGAGAACAUCACACAUCCAACAGAGGGCAGGAUGCAGUCGAGGUGUUAUCAUCAACCCGCUGGCCUGGGCCAAGAUGGACCUGACCUCCGUGGCCUGCAGAUGAAGGUGGACUUCUUUCGUAAACUGGGUUACUCUUCACAAGAGGUGAAGGCUGCCCUAAGGAAGCUCGGUUUGGGGACGGACACCAACGCGGUGCUGGGGGAGCUGGUGCGUUCAGGAGCGAAGGCUGUGCCUUCCUCUAGCUCUGACAGCGAUGAUGGUGGGUUCAGUUUGCCCCAUCGAGGAGGAAGCUCACCUAGGGGACAGGCCUCAAUGCUGGAGGACGCAACUGAACCCGAAAGUGACCUGAAGCCUAUUGUCAUCGAUGGCAGCAAUGUAGCAAUGAGUCAUGGAAACAAGGAAGUGUUUUCCUGCCGCGGGAUUGAGCUGGCAGUUAACUACUUCCUUGACCGAGGACACAGAAAUAUCACUGUGUUUGUGCCUUCCUGGAGAAAAGAGCAGCCCAGGCCUGAUGUACCUAUUUCAGAUCAGCAUAUUUUGGAAGAGCUGGAAAGGAAGAAGAUUCUUGUGUUCACACCUUCAAGAAGGGUUGGAGGAAAGCGUGUGGUCUGCUACGACGAUCGCUUUAUUGUCAAAUUAGCUCAUGACCUGGACGGCAUUAUAGUGUCCAACGACACAUAUCGUGACCUGCAAAGUGAACGUCCGGAGUGGAAGCGUUGCAUUGAGGAGAGAUUGCUUAUGUACUCCUUUGUUAAUGAUAAGUUCAUGCCACCCGAUGACCCUCUCGGCCGUCAUGGACCCAAUUUAGAUAAUUUUCUUAGGAAAAAAGCAAUGUUACUUGACCACAAGCGACAACUCUGUCCAUAUGGAAAAAAGUGCACAUAUGGUAUCAAGUGCAAGUUCUACCACCCCGAGCGCACAAAUCAGUCACACCGUUCUCUAGCCGAUGAGCUUCGAGAGAAUGCCAGACUGUCUGGUUCAAAAGAGGACAGCAGAGUAAAUGGGCCUCUAAGAGGAAUGUACCCAAGAAAUGACCCUGGUUUUGGGUCCUGCUCCCCCUCCUUGGAGCAAGAACUAGAACAGAAACUCAGAUUGGAUCCCAAGAGCUCUGAUGGUAGAGAUGUUAUGCUUCAGUACUGGGAUGACAUUUUGUCCACUAAAAAGCCCUUAAAUACAGCCACAGUGGGACAACACAGUGCUUCUGUGGACAUAACCAGCAUGCAAGCACCUUACCCAACAAACCAUUCGUCCAUUUUCAGUUCCGACUCAGGACUUGGAUCCUACGAAAGCCAGUUCUCAGAGCCAUCGCAGAGCACCGAAGAGUUGCAUAGGAUGAGAUCCGGUCAUCCACCAAUGUCUGGUAACCCUGGCCUACCUGAAGGUGGCCAGCGGUACUAUGACAACAUGAAUCUUUUCUCCAACUAUCAACCUAACUAUGGUGCCUACAGCUCCCUACCUCUGCCCAACCCUGUCCAGCGUUAUAGUCUUCCUGCUUACAAUGCCUGGUCUUACCCUUUCUUCUUACCACAGGCGACCAGUUUACCAGAACCUUUACCCUGUCCUAGCUCGCACAGGUCUCCCAAUGGCUAUGGAAGCCAGCAGCACUCAGCUAUGCCACAGUCCAGUGCUUUCCAGGAAGAAAGAGAGGAGGUCAGGAAGAAGCUUCAUGCGAUCUUUAACCCGCAUCAUGUAAACAAAGUUAUGGAAAUGUUUCCGCAACUGAAAGAUGCACAGCAGCUUGCUGCAGAGGUUCUCAAACUCAAAUCUAGGGGAGAGUUCUUCUGAUUCAUUAAAACUUUGGGACUAUAAAAAAAACUGCAUGCCAAGUUUCUCAAAAGAAAGAGUCUCUACAUUCUCAGAGGAAAUGUGCAAAAAUUGUACCGUUAGGGGUACAUUUUUAACUCCUAGAAAGUUUGCAAUAAAGGUACCUAAUACAAAUCUAAGGUACUAGUAUACACCUUUUAGGGGGAGAUAAGGUACCAUAGUUUGUCACUAGUGCACUCCCUCAACUUUGUACCUUUUUACUCUUAAAAUUGCAUAGUAGUAAUUUAAAGGUACCAAUAUACACCUUUUAGGUGUAGAGAAGGUGCAGGCUUGUCCCUUUAGAGGCACAACAGCUUAUCACUGCAGUGAUCUCCAAAUUCUGCACCUUUUACCCCUAAAUAGUAAUAGUUUUAAGGUAGCUAUUACUGCUUGAAGGUUGUAAUAUGUACCUUUUAAGAGUAGAUACCGCAAGUUCACAUACUUGUCCCUUAGGGGUACAACAGCUUGUCACUGGGGAAGUCCCUGAACGUUUUUACCACUACAAAGUUCCUUCAAAGAUGGUUAUUACUACUCUAAAGUUGUAAUAUGUGGCUUUUUAGGAGGAGAUAAGGGACAAACUUGUUUCUUGAAAGGUACAACAGGUUGUCACUGGGACACUCCCCGAACUUUGUACUUUUUUACUGCUAAAAUUUCUUAUUAGCACUUUAAAACCACCUAUUACUUCUACUGUUACUUACUACUAUUUUAAAUGUGCCUAUUAUUAAUACGUAUUCUUGUGGGGGUAGAUAAGCUACAGACCUGUCCAUUUAAGGGUACUGCCCCAUUGACAAGCUAUGGUACCUCUAAAGGUACAAAUCUUUUUAAAUUGUAUUUUUUUUUCUGAGGGCGUAGCUCUGGUGUUUUUAUCUUUCCUUUAUUUUGUGCUCUUAAAAGUCUCAGAAACCUAAAUGACUUAUCACAUAGUACGUGUGGUAACUAUGUAUGACUACAAAGUCAAAUGUGUGUCUAAUGUUUUUUUAAGAGGUUGAUGCACAUUGCAUCAAUUGUUGCUCUUAACGUGUAGCAAACUGUACAGUACCUUGGCUCAAAGGCUACAGAAUGUUUCUAAAUAUAGUUGUAUGUAAUUGCAGUCAUUAAGGAACAGCCCUGUUUUCAAUGUUAAAAGUAAUUAAGUAGUUAGUAAGUCUGCUGCUAAUUGUUCAUUCAAAUCAGCUCCACCACAGAAUCAAUUCAAAUAGUAGUAAGUGUGAUUGCUUGUCUCCUGCAGUCUUUUUGUUUUAUUUCUUUCUUUCAUUUAUUAGGGGUGGGAAUCUCCCAAUAUGUUUUUAUUACAAUGCUUACGUCAAACACUGACAACUGUUUUGACUCUGUGACACAUUGCAAUUUUUGAAACUUACCACAGUACUGGACUUCUAAUUUAAUUGUGUUUCAAUGUUACAUAUUUCAUAUCAAUUUGGUUCUGCUAUGUAGCUGAGCUUGUGGAUUUUAAAGAUUUGAAUGUACAAAGGACAUCCUACAUCUUUUCCUCUAUGCAAAAUUGACUUUCGUCAUGUCACUGUUGAGCGAGUUCUUUGCACUAAUUAGUCAUGAUUUGCAUUUAUCCAUGUCAAAAUAUGUCAAAGCCUUGACAUAAUGAUGUGUGUGUGUGUGUAUAUAUAUAAUGAAUAUUAUUAAAAAAAAUUGGGGCUUUAGAUGUGUCAAUUCAAAACAAUGAUGAAAGUUAUUAUAAUAUAUUAUGCUGAUGUUUUAUCCACUGUUUUCAAAUAAGCGUAUGGGUAUUUGUGUAAUCAUAACACUUUUAUGUCUUCUAAUAUCAAUAUUAAUGUGAACGAAUUCAAAGACAGUGUCAGUGAGUAUGAGUUUGUACAGUUUCAUGUUUUCUCUUCAGAGGAGACGGUCUUAGAUUUUUAAUUAUAGCAUCUGUUCGCAAAGAUGUUCCAUAGAUAUUAUCAUGUUACCAAAUUAAAUGUCAUGGUGUCCAAGUAGCAAUUUGCAACAUGUUUAUAUCCUGCCAAUGCAUUAUAAUCAUUAAUGUGAACAGGAAAUAAGUUCUCAGUGUUGUAUUGGCAUAUGCAAUGGAAAAAAAUAACAAAAUAAGCAUCUUGCUCCUUGUCACUUAAACAGUAAUAAAAAAAAUAAAAAUGUGGAUGUGGCAGUUUUUGGUACACAUCAUCUCACUACCCUCACUAAUUAAAGUGCUAUAAUUAAAGUAAAAAAAAAAAAAAAUUAAAAACGACAAUAAAGGCAGAACCACAGCAAUUAG